AAAAAGAUUCUGCAAAUUCAGUUAAUUUUUUCGAAAAAAAAUUGUACUUAAAGCUUCUUACUGGUUUACUAUUGAAGUGAAUUUGGUUGGAAAUGGGUAUAGAAGAGUGGUGGAACAAUCCUUGUCAGGUUGAGUCAGAAACAGAAUCAUUGUCUGGCACGAAGCCAAUAGAAGAAUGGAAUGUACUUUCACUAAUACAUCAAGUGUACCAGUUAAAACAAAAAACAGAAAGAAAUAAAUCAGAAUGGGCAAUGAAAACAUUCCAAAAACCCUUCGAUGAUUUAUACAAUGACGUGGAGUAUGACUGGUUACCAAAGACUCCCAAAAAUAUGACUGAAAGCUUAGAAGAUGGACGCAAGUUCGAUGAACUACAGCCUGAAAACUUGGUCAGUCAACUUUAUCACGAUUUUCUCAUAUAUUCGGCAGCCAUUACUUUCCUAGCUUACGAAGAAACCGCAGAUCCUGGCGAAAUUUUUCAGAUUAUACAAUUCGAAUUGGAAGUUUUUUUAUGUACGUUUCAAAGAUUUUUGAAAGAUAUAAACGUGAAUUUCCCACCUCAAGUUCACGUAGACAUUAUACCAGAAGAAUUGGAUGGUACCAAUCUAAACAGCGACGAGAUAAAUAAGAGAAAUUUGAUCAUAUACAGGGAGUAUGUGAAGGGUUUGGAUUAUUUGAUUGAAGUGCUGGAAUAUAUCGAUCAUAUGCAUGGCGUCAAAAUCCGUGAAAAGCUUACACAGAAAGUAGAAAACUAGGAUGUAUCUUAUACAUUCUGUUCAAUUUAAGUUAAGUUCUAAUUGUAGUCAGAAAUGCUAUUUUCCAGUUUUCUGUAAACUGGAAACAAAAAAUUAAUUCCAAUAAUUAUUCAAUACUAUCGCAAGAGCUUCGAAAAUAAUCGAUUAUUUCACCAUUAAAGAAGCGUAAUAAGUCAGAAUUUCAUAACAGCUUCGAUUAUAAUCGAUUGUUUCAUGAAUAUAUAGACGUAAACAGUUAUAAUAUCAAAAAACAACGUAAACAAUCGAUUGUUUUAUAACUAUCGAGGCGUAAUCAGUUGUGAUAUUGCAAGAGCUUCGAAAAUAAUCGAUUAUUUCAUCAUUAAAAAAGCGUAAUAAGUCAGAAUUUCAUAACAGCUUCGAUUAUAAUCGAUUGUUUCAUGAAUAUUGAGACGUAAUCAGUUAUAAUAUCAAAAAACAACGAAAAAAAAACGAUCAUUUCAUUAUUAAAAAAGCGGAAUAAGUCAGUAUUUCAUAACAGCUUCGAUUAUAAUCGAUUGUUUCAUGAAUAUCGAGACGUACUCAGUUGUGAUAUUGCAAGAACUUCGAAAUUAAUCCAUUUUAAAAGGAAAUAAAUGUAAUCAGUUAUUAUAUCGAAAGAACGACGAGAACAAUCGAUUGUUUUACGAAUAUAGACGCGUAUAAAAGCUUCGAAAAUGAUCGAUUUCAUAAAAAAUACACGUAAUCAGUUGUAAUAUCGAAAAAAAGAGAACAAUCGAUUACUUUAAGAGUUUAGAGACGUAAUUAGUUAUAAUAUCACAAGAGCUUCACAAAUAAUCGAUUAUUUCACCAACAAAAAAGCGUGAUAAGACAGAAUUUUGUAACAACCUCGAAUAUAAUCGAUUGCUUCAUGAGUAUUGAGACGUUACCCCAAGAAAUUAAUAUUAUUAAUAUUGCUUAAAAUAAAACUUGAAGCUAUUAGGAAGCGAUUCAUUACGAUUUUAAGGCGUUUUCUGACUUUUUGAGAAAUUUGAAAAAGUAGUUGAUACCUAAACAAACUUUUUUGGAGUAAUUAAAAAUUGAAAUAUCAUAAUCAAUAUUGUAUAUUUACUAUUACAUAAAAUUAAAGAAUUAUUCGUAA